GACUGCACUGAGAGUGGGCACUACGUCUGAACCUGACAGCUACACUUUGGUGAAUAGGUUAGAAGAUUCACAGAUCUGUGGGAAAGGGCCAAGAAGACAGUAGUCUGAGGUUUGGAGUAUCUGACCGUAGAGAAGCCAGAGAGCACGAGUCCCUUUGAAGAUGACACCUGCCAGUUUGGUGUUAGCCUGGCUCCUACUCGCUGUGAGGACAGUCACCUCUGCUGUGUAUCUGGAACCCGAGGAGGAGGAGCUCAAUGAAACUGUCCUCUGCACCAAUGACCAGAUGGAGGUGGUCAUUCCCAGUGCCUUCUUCCUCAAUAAAUUGCCACCCAUUUAUGUCUGGGAUUUGCACCUAAAUGACCCAGAGUGCCGUGGUGUUGAGAUUGAAGAUGACUAUGUCUUCAGCAUCAAGACUAAUCUCUCUGACUGUGGGACAAUCAUGGCAUCGGAUGAUACACACAUUAUGUUCAUUAACACUAUACGCAACAACGAUUUGGAUGUCAUCACAAGGAACUACAUAAACAUCACGUUUGUCUGCCGCUACCCAAUAAACUACAUGGUCCAGCAACCUAAUGGGGAAAACAUGAUCAGGGUGGAUGUCAAAAUGAUCACUCUGAACACGGAAGAUGGGAACUUCUCUGUGUCCAUGUUGCUAUAUAAAGACAAGGACUUUGAGGACAAGUGGACCACUGUUCCCUCACUGACACUGGAAGACAACAUCUACGUUAAAGUUUUCAUGAUACCGGCUCAUCUUUUGCUGCGUGUGGAGAGAUGCUGGGCUACCCCAACCAACGACCCGUAUAGCAACAUCCAGUACACCUUCAUUAAGGACAGCUGCCCCGUGUUGUCAAACGAACAGACGUUGACAGUGCUGAAGAAUGGACAGGGGCCAGAGGCUAUGUUCAGGAUACAAAUGUUCAAGUUCGUGGGCAGCUCUUACAAGGAUGUGUUUCUCCACUGCAAUGUUCAGAUCUGUCACAACACACCUGGGGUCUGUCAGCCUAACUGUUCUGUUGAGGAUAGCUCCAGGCGGAUGAGAAGAGAUGUUGCCAUGUCCCAUACAGUAUCUUAUGGACCAAUCAGGCGACGUCUGCCUGAGAGUGACCAACCCACUCUGAACUCUGGAAGUGUGCUUUCGGUGGAGACGUUUGUCCUGGGAGGACUGCUGGUGGUCCUACUGCUGAUCACUGGAGUGUUCGGGAGGCUGUGGCUGAGAACCAGACACUCUUACCCAGCACAGGAGGCUGCUCAGCUCACUCUGUCCAAUAUACACCACAUCUCAGAGGUAGCCUCCUAAGAUAGCCGAGCAGACCAGUAGUCCAAGCUAUGAGAACAGAUGUAAAACAGUGCAUUCAUACAUACAUCUACAAAGGCAGACACACAAGUGUAAGCAUGCACAGGCAUGCAUGCAGUGGUGUAGUGGAGGGUGUAUGCAAGUAUACGCCGUAUACACACUUAUUUUUCAGUGGGCAUUGCGUAUACUCACUUCUUAGUCCCCACAAUGUGUGUUGAAGUAGUAUAGGGGAGGUAUACGCUGUAUCAAUUAAUAUGGCUGAUGGAACAGAUCGGAAUGUUUAGCUUAAAAUGUUGAUAGACUAUUAUUUCUUCAUAUUUUAGGUGCAGCAGUGUGCUCAAGGCUGUAGGAUAUACACUAAUGUUCCAAAAUGGAAUUUGCGGGAAAACUCUGUUCUAAAAUGCACACCGGGUUUAAUGGGCAGAGAUGGAAAUAUCAGUUAGACAUUUUUAAAGAGCCCAGAUCUAAAGGUGUAACAACAAUCAUGGGUUGAUAAUAUGACUAGGAUAAUGCCUUUGGCUGCUAGACAAUGGAAGGAAGUUGAAAGAAAACCAAUAGAACAGGAGAAUGCAUAUGAGGAAGUCUUUAUAAAAUAAUUGCCUCCACAUUUCUAUGAUUUCAAACAAUGAAGGAACACUAAAAAUAUAGUGAUGCUAAUGAUAGGCCUAAACAUCUUCUGGUAGAUAAAACCUUCACAAUUAAAUGUUAACUAGCUACAAAGUAGCCUAGCAGAAUGAUUGCAUGAUUAUUUGCAUUAAUCCAGUGGCCAUUUGUUUUCUCCAUCUCAUGUGCUUCAGAAACACUGCUAACAAAGCAGCAGUGCUAGGUGCCUGUUCACUUGAAUUAAAGGAUAACUACACUCAAAAAUACAAAUGUCUUAGAUUUUUCCCAGACCUCAAAAAGGUGUCUCUGGAUGUGGUUAAAGCAUUGUUGUGGUCUUAGAACAUCCAAUUGUGUUUUUCUAUUUUGAAAAAUGUACUUUGAGAGCUUAAACCCUUCUAUUAGCCUACUUGCACAGUACAGAUUGGGUUGGCCUGAUUGUGAAAGACCAAUAUGGGAUUUAUCAUAUUAGUCCAUUCAAAGUGUGUCACAAUUUCUCAUAUAAUUUUUCACACAUGGCGCCUUUGAGUAUACCCACUUCUCCAGUCACCACUACACUCACUUCAUGCUUGCACGUGCACCCACACAAAUUAAAAUGUUGGAUAAGGAAAGAGGAAACCAUGAAUUUAUUGUACUUUUGGGUGUAUAUAAAAUAUCAGUGUAGAAAUCAGGGAUUUUGAAGAUGUGGUAUAAAGUAACAUAUGGGUUUUCAGUGUUUUUUUGUAAAGAAAAAAAUAAAGGUAUUUCAAAAGAAAAAAAUAAAGGUAUUUCAAAGAGUCUUUAAUUGAACUAUUUCUGACCUUUUCGAUGUCUAAAACAACAUAUUUAUUGG